AUGAACGAUCAUGGUAGGAAAUCGACUUGGACCACGCAAUUGUCGCCGUACCUGAGAGGUCUGAAGAUCAAGAACCUCAUGACAUCUCCUAAAUCACCAAAGUCGCCCAAAUCCCCAAAGUCGCCAAGACUUCUUGACGAGGACUCAUCGUUUCGAAUUAUACACACGCCCGACAGGCCAGAGCGGCCGAUAUCAAGACGGGCCAUUCCGAAUGACGAGCAAUGCAUGGAAUUCCUCAUGUCACUGCAGAGACAAGAGGAACACAAGAGGGGAGGCGUCAAGACGGGCCUCAAGAUGUGGCCGUAUCCGGAGGAACAGGAUGUGGAGGACCGCAGGUACCUCCGGAGUGUAAGGGUAGAGAGCGUGCACUUGGAAGAAGCUCGUCUAGCAAGGACCAAUUCCUCUGGUCCGGCAAAGGUCGUGGAAGUGGGCAGAAGCUCGACCAAGUCGACGAUGGCAUCACGGCGGUCAUACCACACCAGAACCCCCAGUACUAGCGACGCAGGGGACAUCGACGAAGAACCCCCAUGCGGUCCUUCGAUGGCCUUUGGCGGUGCCCCCCUCUCUCCGCCGCCUACUCUGUCCCGCAGUCAAUCACGAUUAAGCUUUCACACGCCCAAGGCUAACACAUCUCGCUGGUCCGAUGACAGCAUCGAGUCUCUAUUCUCGUCGAGGGACAUUGACUCCCCAUGCCCCCAGCGAGUUACUGUCCGCUCAUCCUCCGAAGCGCUGUCUCCCACUGUUGUCGGAGACGAGUCCGUCGGCUCGUACUCGCCUCCGCUCCUGACACCGGUAAAAGACCGGCCGGCAACCCCGUUUACAGACCCCCGCCUUCGUGCGACAUCCGAACCGAUGACGCCUCCGCCAUCAGAUCACAUUGUUCACCAGAUGAACAUAAGCCCGGAGCCGGUGCCGAGGAAGUACUCAUGGCGCUCGUCCAAGGAUACCAUUCUCAACACUGGGGCCCCGAUAUCGAGAUUCCAGUCUUGGCUGCCAGAGGCGCGGCCGGAAGGGGAGAUCGAAGGGGACCAACAGCUGGGGCAGCAGCAGCAGCAACAGCAACAACAACAGCAGGCUGAGCCGGAAGUCUACGGCGAGUGGGCGGACUAUUACUUUGAGGAUGGCAAUUUCUGGGAAGACUAUUCGGACGGCGACGAGGAAGGAGACGAGACUAGAGUAGAGGAAGAGGAGGAUGGCGACGCCGUGGAGAAAGAGGAGCAAGAUUUCGUUGAAGACGAAGAGGAAAAGGAGGAAGAGAAGGAAGAGAAUGAGGGUCAAAAAGACCGUCUUCGGGUCGACGAUGAGGAGGUUUAUCCGCGUUACGAGAGUUUCAUCAAGGAUUACAAGAACAACGUCAUGAAUAUCACGGUUAUGGAGGUGUGA